CUUGUUGUCGUCGUGUGAAUGAUGACCUUCUCACAGCUGACUUACUGCGUAUAAAUGACAACCUUAAUAAUCUUUUCCUAAGAUAUGACCGUCACAUGAGCAAGGUGAAGGGCAUUAGCAGUCCCACGAGAUCCCCCCAGCAGGUCCCCCCUACGCAGCAGCCCCCCAGAUUCCACCCCCGCAGCGAGCUCCACAAGCGGAGGUGUCCUUGAUUGAUCUGGCUGACGAACCUCCCUCGGCCCAGCUAGCCGGUCUUACUGUUGGAAGCUCUCCUAAAGUGAAGAAAAAUGAAGAUGCAGACUUUGAUAUGUUUGCACAGUCACGAACUGCAACUUAUGAAAAUGCAAAAGUCAGCGGCAGCAGCUACCAGGAUAAUGCUGAUGUGGACGUAAGUGGUGCCUCACUUGCCCGCACAGCACAGCUUAGACACAAUCCGCAACAGAAAGACAGUGACUUUGACGCGAUAGAAGCCUGGCUAAAUGAAAAUCCUGGUGAGGGACAAGCUGGUGCUGGACCAAGACAGGAGCCCAUAUCGUCAUCAGAAUUUGAUCGCUUCCUUGCUGAGCGAGCAGCUGCUGCUGAUGCUUUGCCGACCAUCACUGCGGCCACGGCUCCUCAGGUCAGCGGCAACGAACAAUGGCCCGCGACGACAAGGAUAACCAGAUGUUUGCCCUUUAGUGUUAAAAGAUUUAUUCUCGGAGGAAGGUUGUCUUACUGGAGAAUUGAUCUCUUUGAUGAAUAAUGUCAGUCUGUGUGUGUGUGUGUGUAUGUAAUAUAUUAAUGUUAAUCAUUGCAAGGUAAUUUCAGUGUUGCGGUCACUGGAGAAUGAUAUAUAUACAGGACUUUGAUUCACUGGUAUGCCUUGUAUAGCAUAUUACCAAAUUCAGUUAUUUUCUCUUAUAUAAGAUUUUAAUGCCAUGACUUGUACAAUAGUGUGUGCAACAGGAUUUUUACCUAUCCUGGGUAAUGUAAUUUUCAUGUGGUACAUUUGUCAUAUUAGAUGGACUGGGAUAAUUGAGAUGGUUAUACUAUCCCUAAAUAUUUAUGAU